AUGCCUGGCGCUAUUCGCGGUGAGAAGUCGAGGAUUCCAGGGCCUUACCAGCGUAAGGUGGUUCAUUUUGACCGUCAUGCUACAGACAUUUCCGUUACCUCCACACCCGUAAAGAAACGCGCUCCAGUGCUUAUACCCGGUGCUGAGACGCACAAAUUGCAGAAACGUCGGACAGUCUCCGCUUCACGGCGCCGAAGCAGUGGUUUAAACGUACCUUCGGAUGGUGACGUCGAAGGACUCCCCGACUUUUGCUACCCCAAGAACCCGGUCAGAAAAACCAAGCCGCAUGCUAGACUUCCUCUAGCCGCAGCUAUGAGUAUCGACAAGUUUCCUGUUACAUCGCAGUUGCAAGAUGCGCCGUCUUCUCCAUUCGGCAAAACUAUGGGCAAACCAGACAUAUCUGACUUCUCCGAAAUGCCACACAUCGAAUCCCUUGAAAGGGCAAUAGCUUCCUCGAUCGCCGGCUCUGGCGACACAUUGGCAGAUGCGAGGUCCGCUAUGGCCGUGGAGUGGGAUACACAAUGUCGCUGCUCGGCUCUCAAAGCCGAGAAUGAUGCGUUGCGCCGUGAUUAUAGCUCAUUGCAGCAACGCUACGACAUUUUGCUGUCCAUGAUGAAAGAGUUGCGAUCAAAGAACAAGAACGAAACGUCACAAUCGCAAGCUACGAUUGGCGAAUAUAUGAACUGCGACGGAGAAGAAGAGUUUGAUCGUUCAUGCGAAUCAAACUCGCCCACCUCGAAGACCGAUGGAAGCUUCUCAACACCAUCGACUUCGAGUACUCAGUUAUGCACGCCAGCAGAAACUCCUGCAAUGCCGGUGCGUGUCAUCGAUGAGGAUUACGAUGAGGGCUACGACCACCGUGCCGUUCGGGCACAACUGGUGCGUCGGGACGUUUCCAUCGCGCUCGGGCUCAAGCCUGGGAUGAGCUUGGAUGAGACCGUUGACAGGCUGACUGAAUCCUUGGCUACCCAAUGGAAUAUUGUUGAGGACGAGGCUAAACUGAGUUCCACUUCGGAUAAACCAAUUUAUGUAUUCCCUCCUUUUCCACUGCCUACAAUCCCGGUAUUUGAAUUUUAA